GUCGUCAUGGUCGUGGUGCUGCUCGUCGCGAUUCCUCUGCUGGUCCAGAGCUCCACCAUCUCCGCGCACUACGAGAUGAUGGGCACCUGCCGCAUGAUCUGUGACCCGUACAGCCCGAAAGCGAGCGCCACGGCGCUGGAAGUCAUGCAGGAUCUCGGUGCCAUCCCGCCGCCGCCUCCUCCAUCCUUCUCCCGUGGGAACAAAGGUGAACCGGGGCGCCCGGGGAAGCCUGGACCUAGAGGUCCCCCAGGUGAACCUGGUCCCCCGGGACCGAGAGGGCCGCCUGGGGAGCGUGGAGAUUCCGGGAAAAUCGGCUUUACCGGAGGUCCACAGGGAACAGCUCGGAGUGAAACGGGAGAUCUUGGCUCGGCGUUUGGGAGUGUCAAGAUCGCCUUCUAUGUCGGUCUUAAAAACCCACACGAGGGUUACGAAGUGCUCCGUUUCGAUGAUGUGGUAACUAACCUGGGCAACCACUACGACCCUUCCACUGGCAAGUUCACAUGCCAGGUGUCUGGAAUUUACUUCUUCACUUAUCAUGUACUGAUGCGCGGAGGAGACGGAACCAGCAUGUGGGCCGACCUCUGCAAAAACGGACAGGUUCGAGCGAGUGCCAUCGCCCAGGAUGCGGACCAGAACUAUGACUACGCAAGCAACAGUGUAGUGCUGCAUCUGGACUCAGGGGAUGAGAUAUAUGUGAAAUUGGAUGGUGGGAAGGCACAUGGUGGAAACAACAACAAAUACAGCACUUUUUCUGGCUUCAUACUGUACCCAGAUUGA